UCUGAAACUACAGGAAGAUAAAGAUGGCAAGUCGUUCAUCAUGGUGGAGUUCCAUUUUUAAGUCUGAAGUAUCAGUUUUCAUGUUUAAUGUUUCAGAGGAAAGUGAAAAUUCUCAACUUGAGAGAAACCAACAACUGAACCCAGAACACAUCGACACUGACAAUGUGGAGGACAUGGAGCAAAGAAAUGAGAGUCAUGAAAAAAUAAUGAAACAGAAUUUAAAGAGAAUAAAAAAACUUCUGACAGAAAAUACACAAACACUUCAGGAGAAGAACAAGACACUGGAAGAGAAGGAGACACUGCUCAAACAGACAAGAGCUGAACUGGACAAAACAAUUAAGGCGUUAGAAGACAGUCAGCGACACGUGGAGGAGAAAAACACACAACUAGAGAAUCUGAACAAACUGCUGAAGGAGAGAGAAACACAGCAGAAGAACACAGAUAAAGAGCUGGAGACCAGUACAAAUAAACCGGACACACUGGGACAGGAGCUGCAGGACAAGCAGAGACAACUACACGACAUGAUGAUCGCAGUGGAGCAACAGAAAUCUGAGUUAGCAGAAAAAACCAACAGCUUGAAGAGAAAGACAGACUUCUAACUGAGAGAGAGACACAGCUAAUGGAAAGAGACAAAGAGCUUCAGGAGAAAGACAGACUUCUGGCUGAAAUUAGACAAAAACUGGAGAUGAAGGAUGAGACCCUGGAACACAAGGGCACACAUUUUUUUCAGGUAAA